AUGGCCGCCGCCGUGUCUCCUGUCGGAGCCGUGAACUCCGUGAGGGUAGGUCCCUCCAAAUGCUUCUUGUUGCUCAGUUUUAUUUCUCAUUCUCUCGAAGCGGAGGGAUCAAGUGGGUUGUUUGACUGUGCAGCCGAGCCUCCGCAGCUCUGGAUCGGGACCGUCGACGCCGGCCUCCGCCUUCUUCGGCGCUAGCCUGAAGAAAGGGAGCUCUCCCCGGAACCAUGAGAGGAUCUCGACGGGGAGCAUCAGGGUGAUGGCAGCCGACCUCGACGAGAGCAAGCAAACCUCUGGGGACAGAUGGGGCGGGCUCUACUACGACACGUCGGACGACCAGCAGGAUAUCACCAGGGGGAAGGGGUUGGUCGACUCCCUCUUCCAGGCCCCCUCCGGCCAGGGCACCCACGACGCCGUCCUCAGCUCCUACGAGUACAUAAGCCAGGGCCUCCGCACGUACGGGCUCCAUCAACGACUUCCCCGAUUGUGUUGUCUACGUCAGUCUUGUAUCAGAACCUGAUGCUGACCAAGGGCCUAUCUUCUUCUUCCUUCGUCCUCGUGUUUCAGGCUGAACCUUGACAACACCAUGGACGGCUUCUACAUCGCGCCCGCUUUCAUGGACAAGCUUACCGUCCACAUCACGAAGAACUUCCUGAACCUGCCGAGCAUCAAGGUAGGAUUCUUUCGCCCCCACUGGUUCGGUGGAGAGGAUAACGGCCGGAAUGGGAUGGGUGCUGAUCUCGAAUCUCCGUCCGUGGUGGCAAUCUGACAGGUUCCCCUCAUCCUGGGUAUCUGGGGAGGCAAGGGUCAAGGGAAGUCCUUCCAGUGCGAACUCGUGUUCGCCAAAUUGGGCAUUAAGUGAGUCGAACCUCCCUCUGAUUUCAGCACCCGCGUUUUUUUCCGGGUGAGAGAUUCCCCUCUGAAAUUGGACCGCAAUGCAGCCCCAUCAUGAUGAGCGCUGGAGAACUGGAGAGCGGGAACGCCGGAGAGCCGGCGAAGCUGAUCAGGCAGAGGUACAGAGAGGCCGCCGACAUCAUAAAGAAGGGGAAGAUGUGCGCGCUCUUCAUCAACGACCUCGACGCCGGCGCUGGGCGGAUGGGCGGCACCACCCAAUACACGGUCAACAACCAGAUGGUGAACGCCACCCUAAUGAACAUCGCCGACAACCCGACCAACGUCCAGCUCCCCGGCAUGUACAACAAGCAGGAGAACGCCCGCGUGCCCAUCAUCGUCACCGGCAACGACUUCUCCACCCUGUACGCUCCUCUCAUCCGCGACGGCCGCAUGGAGAAGUUCUACUGGGCGCCCACCAGGGAUGACCGGAUCGGCGUCUGCUCCGGCAUCUUCAGAGCCGACAACGUCCCCAGGGAGGACAUCAUCAAGCUCGUCGACACCUUCCCCGGCCAGUCCAUCGGUGAGAAUGCUGCCCUCUCGCCCUCGUCCUGUCGCCUGACCUCGGCCGCCGGCUGACCCUUCUCCUUCGUCUUCCCCCUGAAGAUUUCUUCGGCGCCCUGAGGGCGAGGGUUUACGACGACGAGGUGAGAAACUGGAUCGUGGACAUCGGCAUUGAGAACGUCGGCAAGAGGCUCGUGAACUCGCGGGAAGGGCCGCCGACGUUCCACCAGCCGAAGAUGACCCUGGAGAAGCUGCUGGAGUACGGAUACAUGCUGGUCAAGGAACAGGAGAACGUUAAGAGGGUGCAGCUGGCCGACAAGUACCUCAGCGAGGCGGCUCUCGGGGACGCCAACGCGGACGCCAUGAAGACCGGUGCCUUCUACAGUUGA